GACGCAGUUUGAGAGAGAGACGCUGUGGAGGGAGGAGGAGGAGGAGGGGAAGAGGAAGAAGAAGAAGAAGAAGGAGGAGGAGGAGGAGGAGGAUGGCAGCGGCUGUUCCCUCAUAGAAAUGACCCACAUCUCUGAGUACGGACUCACUUCACACCCAGGACACUUCUUCUGACGGAGGGUUUCAUCUCCACAACCAACAUGUCUGCUUCCGCGAUCUUCAUCCUGGACCUGAAGGGGAAGGUGCUGAUCUGCCGUAACUACAUGGGGAACAUGGACAUGAACGAGAUCGACCACUUCAUGCCCAUCCUGAUGAAGAGGGAGGAAGAGGCUGAGAUGACGCCGCUCGUCUGCCAUGGCUCCGCACACUUCAUGUGGCUCAAACAAAGCAACAUUUACCUGGUGGCGAUGACCAAGAAGAACGCCAACGCUGCUCUUGUUUACGCCUUUCUUUAUAAAAUAAUCCAGGUAUUUAAGGAGUACUUUAAAGAGCUGGAGGAGGAGAGCAUUCGUGACAACUUUGUGACGGUGUAUGAGCUGAUGGAUGAAGUGAUGGACUUCGGUUUCCCUCAGACAACAGACAGCAAAAUCCUGCAAGAGUAUAUCACCCAGCAGGGUCACAAAUUAGAGGUCGGCGCUCCUCGACCUCCGGCCACCGUCACCAACGCCGUGUCCUGGCGGUCAGAGGGCAUCAAGUACAGGAAGAACGAAGUCUUCAUGGACGUCAUUGAGUCUGUAAAUCUACUGGUGAAUGCUAACGGCGGCGUCCUGCGCAGUGAAAUAUUGGGCAGCAUAAAGCUCAAAGUGGUCCUGUCGGGGAUGCCUGAACUGAGACUGGGCCUGAAUGACAAAGUGCUGUUUGAAAUCACAGGCAGAGAGAAGAGCAAGACAGUGGAGCUGGAGGACGUGAAGUUUCACCAGUGCGUCCGUCUGUCACGUUUCGAGAACGACCGCACCAUUUCCUUCAUCCCGCCUGACGGCGAGAGCGAGCUCAUGUCGUACCGCCUUAACACAACAGUGAAGCCUCUCAUAUGGAUCGAGAGCGCGAUUGAGAAGUUCUCUCACAGCCGUGUGGAGAUCAAGGUGAAGGCUCGGAGUCAGUUUAAGAGUCGCUCCACUGCCAACAACGUGUCCAUUAUGGUGCCAGUGCCCAGUGAUGCGGACUCUCCCAAGUUCAAGACCAGCACAGGCAGCGCCAAGUGGGUUCCCGAGAAGAACGUGGUGCAGUGGAACAUCAAGUCUUUCGCGGGUGGUAAGGAGUACAUUAUGCGGGCACACUUUGGGCUGCCCAGCGUGGACAGUGAGGAGCUGGAGGGGAAGAGACCGAUCACAGUUAACUUUGAGAUCCCUUAUUUCACUGUGUCUGGAAUUCAGGUGCGAUACCUGAAGAUCAUAGAGAAGAGCGGUUACCAGGCGUUACCGUGGGUGCGCUACAUCACACAAAGUGGAGAUUACCAGCUCCGGACAAACUAAAGGGCACAGAUGCUGCUAGACGAAUGGAUCUCUCCUCUUCCUCUUCUUCCUCCUCCUCUCCUUUCCUCUGUUUCUCCACCUCCCAUCACUAAUGAACAGCAGAGGACAAGUGCAGGAGGACAUUUUUACCCACUCUGAGUGGAAACAAGGCAUCAUCCCUUCCGGCUAAGAUGGGAACGGCUGUUGUGUCACCUCUGACCUGUGAUUUUGUUUUUUUUUAAAGGUUCCUCAGGACUUGAAUAUUUAAAAAUGUGAAUAAUGAACUGAUAACCUGGUGUUGCUGUCUGGUUCUGGCAAGCUCUCAUUUCCCAUGAGGUUCAUUUGCAGAAGAAGUUCAUUGUUUCAAAUAUCCAAUUGAGUGAAACUUUAUUUUAACUUCUCUGCUUUUCACACUGGAACUAUAAUGGAUCAUUGUCAGUUUUCAUUUUUCAAAGGGCCAAGGUUGCAGAUCAUGAUUAGCUUUUUUUGAAUUAUUUUAUUAAUUUGUUAAAUCAAAAUUUUGCCAUGUUGUCAAAAACAGCAUUUUAGAAACUUCUCUAUCCUUCAGUAUCUUUAAUUAGAAGGGUUUUUAUUUCUUCUGUCCACUUUUACAUGAACUCUGCGGUUAAUCUUCAUCCCUCGCACUUUUCUGGAACCUCUCUGCUAUACGUUCAUUGCCUUAAAGAAUUGCUAAUGUAUCUUUACCUUUAGCACUGUGAACAUAAUCCCCAGUGCACUGAAACUAACACCAGCGACCAGAUCAAUGAUUAAUAAGGCACAAUAUUGUCGGAGGCGUUGGCAGUGUAACAUUAUAUUGUCCACACUGUCCCGUGGGGCCUGUAACCUCGUCCUUGUGUUCGAAAUCAUCUCGCUGCUUUGAGGCAGAGACUGAAAGAGCGCAGACAUUUUUAUUCAUCUUGUUAACUGUUGUUUAUAUCAUACUGGGCGGUCUCCUAAAGAAAUUGCGUUGAAGGGCAAGAAAGUGGGGUUCAGGAGGCCGGAGAGCACAGAGGUAAAAUAACCUGAGGGGAUUUGUGUCUCUGCAGAAUCUCAGAAUAUUGACAAUAUGUUGAGCUGACUCUUUAUUUUUCUUUGAUAUGUCGACCUUUGAAGGCCAAUAUUCUUCUUCAGAGCAGUUUGUGGUGUAACUCACUCCCUCUGUUGUGCAUGCAUCGCACCGCCUCGGUUCAGCUGCGCUGCCAAAAGCUCCUGAGAGAGUCCUGAGUCAUUUUAUUGCAUCACUGCUAUCCAGAACAAAACCCUCGGAUUAUAAUCAGCCCGUUGUCUCGUGUCAGGGGAUAUUUCAGACACCAGUGAGGAUUUGUGUUAAAUGUGUGUUUUCAGUAAUUUAUCGACUGUUUGUCCAUAGGAAGAAAAAAAAAGGGAUAUAUUUGGAAAUAAACUAUUUACUAUAAACUUUUGUAUCUUA